AUAAAAGAAUAACCCAACCCCACUAAUUCCCCCUUCCCCGCACAUCGAUUAAUUGCACAAAAAGGAGAGCAAAUUAAAGCACAACUUAAUCAACUAUAUUAGCUACAUUAAUUUUAACCCUCUCAUCUAUCUCUUUUCUUUCCCUUAAAAAUUAACCGAAUUUUGUUGCAAGGUUAACUAUAGCUAGAGAGAAUCCUAAUUGAUCCACGACAAUACCCCUCCAAAAUUCCCAGAGUUAAAAACACGUUACGCACCUUUGCUAGCUUGUGCUGGGACGCGACCAUCCAUAUCAUCAUCAGAGUCAAAGUUUAUUGAUCGAUGUUGGUUAAAUGGAUACGUUGUUUAGGCUAGUGAAUUUUCCACACCAAGAAGAUCAUCAAUCCCUCAACUCCACAACCACCACCACCACCACCAGAACAACAUCUAGCAGCUCUAGAUCCUCGACACAAAACUAUCAUCACUACUUCCAACAACAACAAGACGAAGAAGAAUGCUUCAACUUUUUCAUGGAUGAAGAUGACUUAUCCUCCUCUUCUUCCAAACACUACGUCUAUCCUUAUCAACCCCACCCAUCCACCUCCACUACCACUACCACUAACACUAACACUAACACCAACACACCCACCCCCACCACAACCACAACCACUGAUUUCUCCUUCAACUUCAACUUGGAAUUCUCAACCGGCAAGUGGGCCCAGGACAUCCUCCUCGAAACAGCACGUGCCAUUGCUGAGAAGAACAGCGCUCGUAUUAACCAACUCAUGUGGAUGCUCAACGAGCUAAGCUCACCUUACGGUGACACGGAUCAAAAACUCGCUUCCUACUUCCUCCAAGCCUUGUUUAGCCGCAUGACCGAAGCAGGUGACCGAACCUACCGAACCUUAGCCUCCGCAUCGGAGAAAACAUGCUCCUUCGAAUCGACGAGGAAGACGGUGUUGAAGUUCCAAGAGGUGAGCCCAUGGACAACAUUCGGCCACGUGGCUUGCAAUGGUGCCAUCUUGGAGGCCUUAGAAGGACACCAAAAGUUGCAUAUAAUUGACAUUAGCAACACCUAUUGCACCCAAUGGCCUACCCUCUUCGAAGCAUUGGCCACUCGCAACGACGACACACCACACCUCCGUCUGACCACCGUCGUCACCGCCACUCCCGGUGGCUCCGUUCAAAAAGUCAUGAAGGAGAUAGGCACCAGGAUGGAAAAAUUCGCCAGGCUCAUGGGUGUUCCCUUUAAAUUCAAUGUCGUUCAUCAUUCCGGUCAUCUUUCCGACUUGGAUUUCUCCGAAUUAGACAUUAAGGACGAUGAGGCCUUGGCUAUUAACUGUGUCAACGCUUUCCAUUCGAUCACAGCCGUUGGUAACCACCGUGACGUGUUGAUAUCUUCGUUAUGCAGGUUGCAACCGAGGAUUGUGACCGUUGUGGAAGAGGAAGCUGACCUUGAUGUGGGUUUUGAAGGGUUUGAGUUUGUGAAAGGUUUCCAAGAAUGCUUGAGAUGGUUUAGGGUUUACUUUGAGGCUUUGGAUGAGAGUUUCUCGAGGACGAGCAAUGAACGUUUGAUGCUUGAACGAGCGGCGGGGAGAGCCAUCGUUGAUUUGAUCGCCUGUGCUCCGUCAGACUCCAUGGAGCGGCGUGAAACGGCGUCGCGGUGGUCGCAGCGUCUGCAUGGGGGUGGCUUCAAUACUGUGCCGUUUAGCGAGGAGGUUUGCGAUGAUGUGAGAGCACUUUUGAGGAGGUACAAGGAGGGUUGGUCAAUGACACAGUGCUCCGACACCGGAAUAUUCUUGUCGUGGAAGGAUCAGCCGGUGGUGUGGGCCAGUGCAUGGAGGCCUUGACGUGGUGGGAGGAUGACUUGACGUGACUGAUUCGCACGUGUUCUUUGUUCUCUUAGCACGUGCCUGUGUUGGGUUUUCUUUUUUCUUUGUUUCUUUUUUCAGUUAUGGGUUUUAUUUUUUUAAAGUUUGGUAAGUAAGACAAUAGGAUUAAUUGGUGGUUAUGAGUUUGCUUGUAUUAAUUAUUCAAAAAGGAAUCAUCAACUAAAUUGGU